CUCUCCGUUCCCGCAGCCAGAUGAGGCGAGGGAGCGACCUCCAGGUAUGAUCUCGUGAAUCCUUGAGAGAAACUGAAUGACGAAUGAAACUAUUGUUCCUGUUCCACACAGAAGAAAACUGAGGUUAAAAGGGAUGGUGAAGCUGUCUAUUGUCCUGACCCCACAGUUCCUGUCCCAUGACCAGGACCAGCUCACCAAGGAGCUGCAGCAGCACGUAAAGUCAGGGACGUGCCCAUGCGAGUACCUGAGGAAGGCUGGAGUGCAGUGGUGGUGUGAUCUCAGCUCACUGCAACCUGUGCCUCCCGAGUUCAAACGGUUCUCUGCCUCAGCCUCCCGAGGAACUUGGAUUACAGGUGCCCGCUGCCAUGCCCAGGUGUCUUUCCUCAAGACUGUCUUAAAGUCACGAAAUGUACAUGACAGAUCCACGGAUGUACAGCGGAGAGCCUGGAGGUCCAAUAGCCGUGGCCAGGAAGGGCAAAGGUCCACUCGUAUGCACACAAAGAAAAGGGUUUCUUCCUUUCCAGGAAAUAAAAUUGGCAUGGAAGACCUCUAUACUUCACUGAGAUAUAUGGAAGCCAAAGUUCUAGCUGAAGUCCACAAGGUGACGACGAAGGUCAAGUCAUUACAAAAUAAGUGGACAGAGGAAGACUCCCAAGGAAGAGUCAGAAUGGCUGCAGUGGAGCAUCAUCAUUCCUCAGGAUUGCCCUACUGGCCCUACCUCACAGCAGAAACUUUAAGAAAAAGGAUGGGCCGCCAGGCACCUCUUCCAACUCAGUGUCAUCUGGGAGGUCAACCACCUCCACCAGCUAAAGGUUGUCUGAGACCUCUGAAUCUUUCUCGACUACAGUGUCGAGUAGGACCUCAACCACAUUCUAGAACUGAUGAUUUUCUGAGAAGAGAGAAACCUCAAGUCGAGUGUGCCCUGGGACCUGUACCAUUUCCACCAACUGGUGAUUUUGUGAGCCUCAAAACACCUCCCGAGGGUCCUCUGGUACCUCUUCAACCUUCUCCAGUGGAUGAUUUUGUGACACCAGAGACACCACCCAUUGAGUGUCUCCGGGGACCCGUACCAUCUCCUCGAGGUGAUGAUUUUAGGAAACGCAAGAAACCUCCUGACUCUUUUCGUACUUCUUCCACGUUCUCUCCAGUUAAUGAUUCUCUGAGCCUCAAGACACCUCUCGAGUGUCUUCUGGUAGCUCUUCCACAUUCUCCAGUAGACGAUUUUCUAACACCAGAGACACCGACCAUCAAGUCUCGCCGGGGACCUGUACCAUCACCUCAAGGUGAUGAUUUUAGGAGACGCAGGACACCUCCCGACUCUUUUUUUGUAUGUCUUCCACCUUCUCCGGUGGAUGAUUCUCUGAGCAUCAAGACACCUCCUGAGUGUCUUGUGGCAAAUCUUCCACCUUCUCCAGUGGAUUAUUUUGUGACACCAGAGACAACGCCUUUCGAGUGUCGCCAGGGACCUGUACCAUCUCCUCAAGGUGAUGAUUUUAGGAGACUCAAGAAACCGCCUGACUCUUUUUUCCUACCUUCUACAGUGGAUGAUUUUCGGACACCAGAGACACCUACCGUCAGGCGUCGCCGGGGACCUGUACCAUCUCCUCGAGGUGAUGAUUUUAGGAGAUGCAAGAAACCUCCCGACUUUUUUCGUACCUCUUCCACCUCCUCCAGUUGAUGAUUCUCUGAGCCUCAAGACACCUCCCGAGUGUCUUCUGUUAUCUCUUCCACCUUUUCCAGUGGAUGAUUUUGUGACACCAGAGACACUGCCCGUCGAGUGUUGCCGGGGACCUGUACCAGCUCCUUGAACUGAUGAUUUUAGGAGACGCAAGAAACCUCCCGACUCUUUUUUCAUAGCUCUUCCACCUUCUCCAGUUGAUGAUUCUCUGAGCCUCAAGACACCUCCCGACUGUCUUCUGGUACCUCUUCCACCUUCUCCAGCGCACAAUUUUCUGACAGCAGAGACACCGCCCGUCGAGUGUCGCCGGGGACC